CCAGGUGUCCCCGGAGUCAUGUUUCCAUAGCAACUCACAACAUUGACACAGUGGUGCUCUCUUACACACACACACUGCUCCACAUUCAUCCAGAAUUCCUCUGCUUGUUUUCUUUCAGUUUAAAGUUAAAACUUAAGUGUUUUAUUUUGGGACUUUUACCUUUUUUUAAAAUGACGUCGUCCUCUAGUGGCAGAGACGGAGUCCUGCAGCAGGUCGACAGCUUCUGGUCCAUGUUGGACGACCUGUGUGAAAACGACCCUGCAGCUUACAGCGAGUUCAUCCACAGGAACAUGGAGGAAGCAGCAGGAGGCAAAGCCCCAGAGCUCGUCUGCUGUCUGAGCACACGCGUGCUGGAACCAUACAGAGGAUUGUUGUACAUCAACAUCUGCAACUGGAAACGUGUUCCUGCCCCUCAGGAUCACAGUCAGCCUUUACCUUUGUACACCGGGAAACUAGAAACUCACACAAACCACAGUCAAGGCUCGUACGCCAUCUUGGACGUAGCCUUCAACCCUGCAGUGUUAGAGGAAAACAAGGAAGACAGAACAGGAUUAUACACACUGGCUGUGAAGUUUGUCCAGCAGCAGCAGCAGCACCAGGACGACGGGCUGAGAUUAUCUGACCACUUCACUGUCGUCAGCUCUAGUCCCAACGGCAGGCGAGACGAUUUACAGCGACGCCUUCUCAUCGGGUUUCAGCAGAGGUCGAACACCUCCAAACAACUCAACACAGACAGUGAAAGCCCGGCUGACCUCCUGCGGCAGAUCUCCUCUCUGCGCUCAGAGAAACAGGGAAACGAGGAGGAGCUGGCAGCACAAAUGAUCAGCAAACCCGCCGAGCAGCAGAAGAAGGAUUUCAUCCAGGUCAUCUCCAGCACGUUCGUGCCGCCUCAGAAGCCGCAGCACCAGCUCCAUCUGAACACCGACACAGCGGGCGCUCCGCACAGCGUGGAGCUGACGGUGGAGCUGCCAAAGGUUUGCUCCAUGUCAGAGUGCCAGCUGAGAAUCUCCAAGGACGACGUCGUGCUGGAAGUGGAGGACGUUUACUAUUUGCUUCUGGAGUUUCCGAAAACUGUGAACGAGGACACGGCCUCGGCCAUCUUCAACAAGAGGAAGCGACGGCUCGUACUGAAAGUGGACGUGUUGUGACCCGGCUGAUCCCGAACGAGCUGAGAAAACUGGAAACUUUGUUUAAAACCGCACAUAAAAGUUCGUUAAAAAGUACGUUUUAUGUUCAAACAGACGGAUGAAAAAGAAAAAUGACACAGUUACAUAUUUAAAUCUGUACUAUGUAAUUAAAUAAUAAAAACAAUGCUUGCUACAUUCAAAUCAAAUUAGUUCAUAUAUCAAGUGCUUCGAUCCAGUGACAUCUGGCACAAAAUUAUGACAAUGAAAAUGUGACCAAACUAAAAAAAGUUUGGUUUGUUUAAAUCCGUAGAACGUAAUGUUUAAACAUGAAAAACGCGCUCUACGCUCUUGGCGAAAGUUAUGUAUUUGAUACCGUAGUACGUACCUUUUAAAUCUAAAAAAACAGGAAGAUUCACGUACAGUAAAGGCCGACAAAUCUAAGAAAACUGAAGUUUGGUGGAAAUUCAGUCAACGAAAAUAUCUCGGUUACGUAUUUAAAAACAGUACGUAACUUUGAAAUAUGAAAAACACCCUGUACAUUCAAACCAAAUGAGUUUGAACAACACUGAUUAAAUCUAACAGCUUCGGUUUCUCAGUUUCGUGUCGCCCGGUGACACAAGAAUUGAUUUACUUUACAUUAAAACAGACAGAGAAAAAAAAUUCUGUAAACAAAAAUAAACCCUAGACUAAUUUUGACAAAAGUUACACGUCUAAAACCGUAGUACGAAAACGUCGAGCCUGUUUUGCUAUGCAGCAAACAAAUAAUGUUCCGGAUCAUUCCGGAUAACGAAAAAUCAAGCAGUUGACAGUUUCUGCAGCUUUAAUUUCUUUAUCUACAAACUGAAAACAAAUCAUCAGAAACACAUUAAGUGGAAAAAAGUGAAGCUAACAAACUAAAUAAACAAAAUAAAGUGGGUUUUUUACACCGCGUGGGCUGACGA